UUUUUCUGUCAAAAAAAAUAUCGAUUGCAUGGUAGACAUGAAACAAAAAGCAUACAAUAAUUAUUUCUCGUGAUAUCUUUUUCUUGAUGCUUCGUGAAUAAAAAUAAACAAAAAAUAAUUCCACUUCCUCAUUUGUAAAAACAAAACAAAUCCUCAAAAUGAAGGAUGCAACAAAAGCCAUUAAAAACUGCGAAUGGACUCGUGAGAAAACAGCCACUCUCAUAUCACUCUAUCAAUCACACGAAUGCCUUUGGAACAAUUUCAUUGAAUCCUAUAAAAACAAGGACAAACGAAUCAAAGCAAUCAAUCAGAUUUGCAACCAGUUGAAUCUAAGCAAAGUAGAUUUUGGUAAAAAGAUUCACAAUCUUCGAAAUCAGUUCAAUGCUGAAAUGAAGAAGCUGGAAAAGAGGAAUGAAAACUCGACGGAAAUUCGUCGUAGUCGAUGGGAACAUUACGAAGCUCUGAUGUUUUUGAAAGAUGUCAUAGCUCCCCGGCCGGGAUUCUCGAUGGCUUUUAAAGGUCCACGGGAAUCACCUGCUUCUUUCCAGAAAUAUGAAAUAAAAUACAGCGUCUUGGACGAGGACGAAGAACAACAUCAAAGUAACAGCGAGAUUCAAGAAACUACAGAUGCCGAAGUUCAAUACGAAGAGACCACCGAAACUGAUCAGAAUGCAAUUGAAUUUGAUUCAAUUCCCGUCGUGAGUCGAGAAGAAGUACUCGAAUCGAAAUACCAUCGACCGAGUCAAGAAGAAUUGGAAACACAAGAAUAUAUUCAUCAUCCGCCAGUUCAUCAUCAUGAGAUUAUCCAUCACCAGCCACAACGUCAACAAUCCCAUGAAGUCAUGCACAUUGAAAAUAGUCAAAUUGCACCGACACCACCCACGCCAACAACAACUAAAGUCGUUCAUAUGGAAACACUUCCGCCCAAAAAAAGAGCUAGAACUGAGGAAUGCGACGAACUGAAACGCGAUCAAUGGGAUGUAUUUGGAGAGUUUGUUGCUGCUGAAUUUAAGAAUUUGAACUCGGAGUUGUCGAGAAAGAAAUUGAAGAGAAAAAUCAUGCAAGUCAUGUUGGAAGUUGGUGAAGAGGAUGAUGGAAUUAAUAUUAAUAUUUCUUUAAAUUAGUUUGUAUUAAACCAGUUAAUAGUUAGUAAUGAUUUAUGUACUAGCUAUGUAUUUGUAUUUUAUGUUUAAUUCUUUAAAAGAAAAGAGAACUUAUUUUUGUGUCGUAUCUUUGUUUCUGUUUGUCCUGAAACAAAUUGACCUGUCAAUAAAUUUUUUUUAAAUAA